CGGCUUUUUUCCCAAAUUGUUUUAAACGUUAUAAUUUGUAUUUAGUAUUUAAUAUUAAUUACCAGGUAAUAUAUUAAUAAAUUAAAUUGAUUGUUUUAAACCACAUUAUAAUUAUUUAUUUAUUGAAUAAUUCGUUCAUAUAAUUUAUCGUUGUAAAACGGAAUUUUAUCCACAAAAUGAGUCGUAAAGAAGCAUUAACACAAUUUAUACAACAAAUUCACGGUCGUCCUGUUGUUGUGAAAUUGAAUAGUGGAGUCGAUUACAGAGGUGUAAUGGCUUGCAUAGAUGGUUACAUGAAUAUUGCUCUUGAACAAACAGAAGAAUACAUAAAUGGAGAACUUAAAAACAAAUUCGGAGACUCUUUUAUUCGUGGCAACAAUGUACUAUAUAUUAGUACUCAAAAAAGAAAAGGGGUGUAAUAUAUUUUAUAAAUAAUAUUAUUUAUAUUCUCAAUUUCUAUGCUUGUGAAAAAUAAAACUAAACAUACAAAUAUUUAUAAGUUUUUGUAAUAAAUAUUAAGUAACCAUAAUUAA